CUAUGAGAAACCACCCCCAGGACUAAUUAAGGAAAAUGAAACAAAACCAGAAGACUGCAUACCUGAUGUACCAGGCAAUGAAAGUGCACGAGAAUUCCUGGCACAUGCCCCAACAAAAGGGCUUUGGAUGCCUUUGGGAAAAGAAGUCAAAGUCAUGCAGUGUUGGAGGUGUAAACGUUAUGGACACAGAACAGGAGAUAAAGAAUGUCCAUUCUUUAUUAAAGGCAACCAGAAAUUGGAGCAAUUUAGAGUAGCACAUGAAGAUCCAAUGUACGAUAUAAUAAGAGAAAAUAAACGUCAUGAAAAAGAAAUGAGGAUACAGCAACUGAAGCAGCUCCUGGAGGACUCUACCUCAGAAGAUGAUGAUGAUGAUAGUGAUGACAGUGAUGAGGAUGAUGAAGAUGCCAGCAGUUCCACUUCCUCAGAAUGUAGAGAUAAACACAAGAAAAAAAAGAGAAAGAAGGAAAAGAAAAAAAAAGAAAAGAAAAAGAAGAAAAAGAGAAAGCGUAAAUCAUCUAAAUCUAAUGAGAAGUCGGAAUCUGACUGACAGCAGUUGCCUGCUGUGUGCUCAUUGACCUCUACUUGUGAGCUGCAAGGAAGGAUCCAAAGAACGAGGAAGAAACCACCAGAAAGGGCUUUAUUAAAUUCAGAACAUACAGGUGGAUACAUACAGCAUUCUACACUGGCUGUCCUCUUCUGCCCCUCUGCAGUGCUGCAGCCAGAAAGAGCCACAUUAAACAAUACUCAGUCAACCAUAACUUUAUACUGGAAGACCUGCACUGACGGUCAUCCGUCUUGGUCAAAUUGGGCCUCUGCGUUGC